AUUGUCUUUGGAUUGCUGUAUUUAAUAAAGAUGCUUUGAAUCUGUGUUUGGAAACUUAGUUGCUUUCUUUCAUUAUAAAUCUCUUUCUAAAAUAAAAUAAUUUUAAAAAGUCUUAGUAGUUGAUGUAAAUAUUUUCAAAAAAACAAUAAGCAAACAUAUAAAACGAAUAUCGGACGCGAGAAAAUUGUUUGGCAGAUUUUUGUUUAGACGCGGCUCCUUGGGAUACCGUUUGACCGCUUCUGCCUGAAUUGAUUUAAUUAUACUUUAUAUGUUUUUGAUGACUAUUAACAUACUCAUAUCAUAAAAUAUUCUAGUAGGAUGAUGGUUUGUAGUAAUGCACUGUAGUCUAAUUAGAAUAUUAAUCAUUAUAAACAACAAUUAAAGAAAUGGAUCAAGAAAAUUAUAUUUCAGAGAGAAUUUUAGAAUCACAAGAAAUUGAUGAUUCAGAACAUACUGUUAUGAAAGGUGAUACUGUAGGAGAAACAUUGUACAGUGCAAAAUGGAUUUUGAACACUCUCGUAUCUCUAACAAAAAUAUAUGAAGAUGGUUGGAAUCCAUUUAUAGAAAGCGAUUUGUGCAUAUUAUGGGAUAUAACAUCUGAAAAAGAUAUUAUAGAAUUUCUCAUAGAAAAUGAUUUCUUAAGAAUGGCUGAAUUUACAUUGAAAAUUUCUGAAGAACCUAGAUUAACGGAAAUAAUUGUUGGGAUAAUAGGAAAUUUAUGUUGUGAGAAAAAAUCUCUUGAUAAAUUAGUGCAGAGAGAAGAACUAGUAUCAAUCAUACUUUCUCUUUUGUCAUCAGACGACAAGGAAACACUGAUUCAAGUUUUGAGAAUAUUACAGGCAGCUAUUUGGGAUAUCAGUAAAAAUCCACAAUCUCUGUGGUUGAAAAAAAUUAGUGAUUUUGAGAAUUUUGGAGAAGCAACUUAUUUUAUACUUAAAAGUUCUACCAGUGAUGAACUUUUAACACCUACUAUUAAUUUAAUUUAUUUGAUUUCUGAAGUAGAGUUACCAGAAGAAAGUAUUUUACUUAAAAAUAUUUUUGAUAUUGAUAAGUUAAUAAUAAGUAUUUGUGAAUCCAUGGAAGAAUUAAUCGGUCAAAAUGAUAGUGGUCAUUCAGAAAUACAAUUUAAAGUCAUUGAAAAUUGGUUGAGUAUUAUGUUCAACAUUAUCAAGAAGAAUUUGCUAGUUCUAUCAGAUGAUGAAACUGAUAUGAAUAUACAAAAAAUUAAUGCAGUAUUAGUGAGGGUACUAAGACCAUAUCAACACUUGAAUAAUUUGAUUCCAGUAGAAGAAAACUGCUUAUCUUGCAUUCAAGAAUGCAUCAAAAUGAUUUUUACUUUUGAACAAAAUGAAGUGUUUCUAGAUUUUGAUAUAGCUCACAUCACAAUACAAUUGAUGGUUAAUUUCCAAAUAGCUGUAACAGAAAAUGAAUUUGAAGAACUUGAUGAAAAUGUGAAACAUGCUUAUGAGAACAUUCUAAACUGUUGGAUUGAAAUGUUAAAAACUUCUAGUAAAGAACAGGUUAAAGAAAUAUUGAAAAAGUUUGAUAUUGACACCAUAAAUAACAUUAUAAAGGCUACAAAUUCUUUCUUGAAUAUUUCUGAAAGUUGCCUUGUUAAACUUACAUCUGCGAAAUCAGAGAUAUUUUCUAUUACAUGA